CCAACUCACGCUUGACGCCGCUUUCAACCGCUUUUCAGGGUUUUCAGUUUCAGCGUUACAGCAGACUCGAGCGCCAUCUACACAUAUAAAACUUGCGAGCGAUCUCUCUCCUUGCUCCACUUCUGGUCAGAUCAUACUAGAAGGCAAGUUAGCAGUUCUAACACACAAUGGCGGAUUUAAGUGCCAGAGACAUCGAAAGAGCCAACUUUGUUUUUUCCAUCUACGACUUUGAAGGAGUUGGCACAGUCGAUGCUGUUAAUUUGGGAGACAUGCUCAGAGCCCUUAACCUUAACCCAACUUUGGUCACAAUUGAAAAAGUCGGUGGAACCAAGAAGAAGAAUGAAAAGAAACUUAAAGUAGAUGAAUUCCUCCCAAUCUAUAGUCAAGUUAAAAAAGACAAAGAACAGGGUAACUUCGACGAUUUCCUUGAAUGUCUCAAAUUGUACGACAAAGAAGAAAACGGCAGAAUGAUGGCUGCUGAACUUGCCCACACACUCCUUUCUCUUGGUGAAAGGUUAACAGAUCCCGAAACAGAAGAAGUUUUAGCCGACUGUAUGGGCCAAGAAGAUGAUGACGGUUACAUCCCUUACGAACCAUUCCUCAAAAAGAUGAUGGCGUAAGACGUAUUUAUUUACGUAUUUACUUUUUUAUUUUUAAUUACCUGAAGAUAUUGCUAUUCAAAAAUGGUUAUCCAACUACAAAAAUAUACUCUGAACACCAGAAGUCAAUGAAGAGAUCAACAUCUAACAUCAAAAUGGGCACUGCCGUACACCAAGUUUCAAAAUAUUCUGAAAUACAAUGUAUUUAUUUUUAAAAAUAUUUUAUUAUAAUAAUUAAAAUUAUAUAAAAUGUUCUUUAUUGUUACGUAUAUCUAUUAUUAUUAUUAUUAUCAUAAAGUAAUGAUAAGUUCGUAUAGAAUACUUUUUGGUACAUAUAUUAUAAGAAAUGUACUACUGUAUACUGAAUUAUAUUACCUAAAUUUUUAUUCUUAUUUAAAGAAUACACUUUUGAUAGGAAAUUAAUAAAAUAUAAUCACCACCUUAAUAUGUUCUGAAUUUUGUUCCGUUAUCAUUUAUUUUUCAUUAUUUAAGAAAGUCAAAAUAAAAAUAUAUUGUC